AUCAACUUCUCAGCGGUAGCGUCGCAUGUGUGUGUCUUUCAGCCAGUGGAUUAUGUGGAAGUGUCUGCACGGAGAGCAAAUUAACAUCUUCUUUAUCUGCCUUUGAAUGCUUCCCGAGCACGCCUUUGGAAAUUUGAUCUGAACUUUGUGAGGAAAUGGAUAACAAAGAGGAAUCAAAGAGCUGUUCUGACAGCAUACUGACCUGGGAGCAGGUGAGCCGACUGAAUGAAGUUCUCACCGAGGUUGUGCCUGUGCAUGGACGGGGGAACUUCCCUACCUUAGAGGUGCGGCUGAAAGACAUUGUGGCGCGGGUGCGCUCCCGCCUGGAACUGAGCGGCAUCACAGUGAAAGACAUACGCCUCAAUGGCUCCACGGCCAGCCACGUACUGGUGCAGGAUCUUGGUUGGAGCUACAAGGAUCUGGAUGUCAUCUUCAGGGUGAACCUGCCGCAUGAGGCAGAGUUCCGCCUCAGUAAGGACGUGGUGCUGGGUACCCUGCUGGACUUUCUGCCUGAGGGUGUGAACAAAGAGAAAAUUACACCCAUGACUCUCAAAGAGGCGUACGUCCAGAAACUGGUGAAGGUCAACACAGAGCAGGACCGCUGGAGCCUCAUCUCCCUCUCCAACAAUAAUGGCCGCAAUGUGGAGCUGAAGUUUGUGGACUCAAUACGCCGGCAGUUUGAGUUCAGCGUGGACUCCUUUCAGAUUGUGCUGGACUCCAUGCUUGCUUACUACAAGCUGGAACAGCCGCCCAUGUCACAGGCCUUUCACCCCGUUGUGAAGGGGGAGAGCAUGUACGGGGACUUCAGCAUGGCACUCAGCCACCUGCGGAACAAGCUCAUUGCCACCAAGCGGCCUGAGGAGAUCCGAGGUGGCGGCCUGCUGAAAUACUGCAACCUGCUGGUGCGGGACUUCCGGCCUGCCAGCGAGGAGGAGUUCAAGGGCUUGGAGCGGUACAUGUGUUCUCGCUUCUUCAUCGACUUCCCCGACAUUGGUGAGCAGCAGCGCAAGGUGGAGGCCUACCUCCAGAGCCACUUCAUCGGUGAGGAGAAGAGCAAGUACGACUACCUCAUGAUCCUGCGGCGAGUGGUCAACGAGAGCACGGUGUGCCUCAUGGGCCACGAGCGGCGGCAGACCCUCCACCUCAUCUCACUGAUGGCCUUCCGAGUGCUGGCAGAGCAGAAUGCUAUCCCAGAUGCAUCCUGCGUCACCUGCUACUAUCAGCCAGCGCCUUAUGUCCGAGACCACAACUUCAGCAACUACUAUGUGGCUAACCAGAACAUUCCAACAUGGCUGCCAUGUAACUGACAGGACAAGAGUUGAAGGAUGACAAGAGGACACUGCUGCUGCUGCUUUAGAGGAGAAGAGAGAGAAUAAAAAAAAAAAAAAAACUUCCCCCCCCCCCCCCCCCCCCCCAAAAAAAAAAAUAUGAUUAUUGAGGCAAUAAAUGCAAUGUUCCUCUCAAGGCUCAAUUAUAUUUAAGUGGACAAGUGUUUUGCUUUGUUUUUUUUGAAUCCUUUCUCAUUCCUUAUCUACAGAGUUGUCGAGGUCAUUGAAUAGAAAGUGAUAUUUUUAAGUGUUAAGUUUUUUUUUUUCUCAAUGUUUGGUUGUUUCCCUGUUUAUCAACCUUAUUCUUAAUGGAGUUGUGUUUUGUGCCUUGCCUCCAGGUUUACCCCCCAAUAAUUUAGUAUGGGCUAUUAUUUUGAAAGGGGAAAAAGAAAAUGUUAUAGCCUUAAAUUUGGUUUUGUCCUGUGAUUAAAAAUGUGAAAAGGCAGAAAAAAAAACUGAAAAUAUUGAAAAAUAGUAUUAUUGGGAAAGAGGUAAUAAUAAUAAUCAAGGUGAUGGCCAAAAAAAAAGCUGAGCACCAGUGUUAAAGUUAAAAAAGUUUAUUUCACUGGGGAGGGAAGAAAGGUGGUACACUAAUAACUUAGUUCACAUCAGAAAUGAAGGGAAGCAGGUAGAGUCAAUUUGUUUUAAAUUCAUUUUGACAUGUAAAUAUCUCCCAGACGUUUGUGCUCUCACCAACAUGCCGGCAGUGCCUGCGCUUUGUAAACAAUGCAAGAAAAGUGUGUGUUUUUUUAUUUUCCACUGUGAAUUUCAGUGUAAGACAAGCUCUCCUCCUCCCCCUUUAUCCAGUUUACUCAGCCCUGUACUUUUCAGUCAAGACCGGCUUUGAGUGGAAAUCUGCAGUGAGUUUAGGCCUCAGAUAGACGGGCUCCUGUGUGUCUGAGGAGUUUAUUUUCCCUGUGUUUUUAAAGUCACUUCCAAAGCCUCACCAGUGACCUCCAGAUGUCACGGUCGUCUGGCUAUUGUGGGAGGCCGACUGACGGACGUGGGCCCGUUGAGAGAAUGCGCUGGCCUCGUCGCCUGGAGCGAGAGCUGGCUGGGAGUCUUGGAGUGACAGGCUUACUGGCUGUCCCUUCCCUUAAAAGGAGCAGCACAUGGUGGGCCUGCAGGGUCGUCCCUCACCAACCAUUGCAGGCUCGAAAUGGGAUCCUCCUCUGAUGCAGCUCAGUGACUGGCUCUCAAGCUACAGGCGGCCUAUAAUUAUCCUCUUUUUCUUUUUUUCCCGGGGGAGGUACGUUCAGAACAGGGAACCGGGGAUGGGUAUGCGACCAGCAGCAGCCCUGCCACCUUACGUGUGUGGGAGCUGAAUCACUUCCUGUCCAGUGCCUGCUGGGACCACGCGGUGUUUGAACCCCUUUUGUGGUCAUGGGAAGACAGACACGGGGGAGUGUGACUGGUAUGUUAAGAGACAUGCCAGCUGUGGGAUAGCACUCCCCUUUCAGACUUGGAUUUUGAUUUAUCCUGGAAGCUACUGCUGGCCCCCCAGAAGUUCGUGACGGAGUUGCCCCUCCAAAUCUCUGACUUUCUAUUUGUAGCCCGAGCCUAUUAUUAGCUGUUAAUUUUGAACACUUGCAGUGUGGCAUUUCUAGCAGUUGGCCCGAGCUGUGACUUGAACUUGUCAUCUCUCCUGACAUCAUAGCAUCCAGGUUUGAGAGGAGAAAAGUUGCUCUUAACCUUCUUAUGUAAGUGGCAGCUGCUCUGUCUGCUCCCCCUCGCCCCUCAGUUGCUCAGAAACCCUCGCUUAUUCCUGCUGCUCAUCUCACUGUGGCCCGUGUUUAUCCCAGAUAACCAGGAACGCCUCUUAUCUGGCUGGCCCACAACUCGCGGCUGGGUAGAGAAUUGUUCGAGGAAGGUCAGCUCGGCCUAUUCUGCAUGUCACACCCGCAGGGUCAGGGCAUGUUCUGCUGGCUCAGCUGCUGAACUUUGGUAUGGGAACUGCCAUAGUCUUUUUAAUAACAAGUGAGGUGCCACACACUGUCUCACUCUGGACCAAAGUACUUUACAACCAGCAACUGAAGCAUUCAAGUGCCUUUUGGAGAGUGAUUAGCUUUUUAAAGGGUUUUUUUUAAUGGUGAUUGGGAGGGAAAGGGUUAAGCCAAUUAAUUUUUUCAGCCCCUUUAAAGCUUGUGAAACUUAGUAGAUACAAUAUUCAUCUCUGUUAAAUACCAGUUAAUGGGAGAAUACAUGCAUUUUUGCUUGGGGAGCAAAAUCAUUUUGGUUUGAAUUUGAAAUUUGAGUUCUUGGUAUUUUACUUUUAUUUUACCAUGUUUUUUUUCCCUUUGUUUCUUUUAGUUUCAGUCCCAAACUAUACUUUUCCUUGAAACCCAUCUGUCUAGUCAUUCCUCUCAUUCUUUUCCGCCAUUUCAUUUUAUUCCCUUUGUUGUCUAUUCCUGGAAAUGUUGGCCUUGUUGUCACUGGCAGCCACGUUGACUUCUGCCUCUGAAUUAAUUCAGAUUUUCUAAACACACGUGAUGAAUUAACACCCUUAUGGACUGCCUAGCAUUGUAGCUCCACCUGCUCCAAAGCAACCUGGCCAGCUUUGUCCUCAUCCAAACCAAAGCAAUACCUUAAGUGCCCUGAUGAGCCAUACUGUGGCACAACAGCUGGAGACCCCAUACUAACAGAAGCACUUUAAAGAGGCCUUGUUUUACUCUAAACCCAGCCACCUGAGAGGAAUGUCAAUGAGCUAUUGUGGUCAAUUGCUGGAGGGAAUUGAGCUGGUUCUCAGGGACAUAAUGUGUUUUUGAGAGCUUUGUUUUGUCCCUUUUUUAUUUUGGGAGGGUAAAUUGGUUUAAUCUGCCCCUGACAUUGAGACGUCCCCUUCUGAUACCAACCUUCAUUUUGUGCCUUUUUUCUUCUCUCUGUGUCAGUUGUAAGUGUUGACUCCUCUUCUUACCCAAACUAGUCGAGUAGAUGAAGGUUGAGGUAGCCAGCAGACUUCAACAUGCUGCAGCCUGACAGCAGCGCUGGGUUUUAUCUGUGCAUCCAUUGGCUGUGAAACCUUAUCAUCACUCAGUGGCAAGUCCUUCCCUAGUUUAGUGCUAACAUUUAUUACCACACUGUUAAUCCUAUAAUGAUCUUUGCUUUGUUUAAAGCCAGGGGACAAACAUUGAUGUAGUGCUAAAAUCCCUGUCAGGGAAUGACAGCCCUGAAUCACAAUCAUUCCCCGGUUUGUUUACCUUCUGUGAGUGAUGAUGACUUGGUUUGUCAGAGCUGGGAGCCACAUUGAAACCUGCAGCCCAGUUCUGCUGCUGCUGCUCGCGGGUGCAGGUUGAAGUCCGGCGAGCAGUGUGAGGACGAGUCUCUUCUCGGGCUUCUCGCUGACACCGCUCACUAAAAGUCGGUGCGAGUGUGCUGAAAGAAAAUGCAACAAACGAAAAACAUGUUGUAGACAGUCGGUGGUGAACGCAGCCUGGAAUGUAAAUCUUCUGCGUUUUGAGUCCACUCCACUUUCAGAUGUUUACGGUUAUUGUGGCUUUUUUUUCCUGACGACAGAAAAUAGUUAAUGAAAGCUUUGCCAGGGCUCACGCGAAAUCACUUCCUUCAUCAGGGUCGAUGUGUGUGUGUGUGUGUGUGUGUGUGUGUGUGUGUGUGUGUGUGUGUCGAUGUGUGAGCUUGUGAAGGACGAUGUGGGGAAAAAAACAGGAUGAAGUGUACUUUGCCUUUUUUAUUUUCUGGCCACACUUUUUUUCUGCUGUAAAUGUGUCAGUGUUAUUGAUCCUGUUGCUUCUCCCUCACCUUGCCUUUGGUUGUCCGACUUGUUCGGGCCGUUGUUCAUUAUUACAGCGUGUUUUUAUUUCUGACACCUGUAGAUGUAUUCUUUGCUGGAGGAGGUGCAGAGCAAGCUGUGGAUUAGAUAUUUAGUGGUUACGCUUGUCUGUAGUACAAGUCUUACACCAUAGAGAUGUGACGGGGCCCUCUGGAAGCUCUCCUACACCUUCUAUAUGGAGAGUUGUGAAUUGUUUUGCAGCAGAUCUGUGUUUACGUUAACGUGUGGAGGUGUGUGUGUGUUUGUUUGCAUGUGUGUAUGAAGGGAUGCCUGUGGCCAUACAAGUUUAAAAAGUGGGGAAAAAUAUGAAGUUUGUCGCACUAUAUAUUUUUUUGAAAUAGUUAAUGCAAAAGAGCUUUUUUGUCAGCUUUGUGAUUGUGACAAUGAGUUUGAUGGUUACAACCAUUAUACUAUUUCAUUUUUCAGCACUUUUACCUCACUCGAGUUUUUCCUUUGAAUGGAAAUGUACAUGUACAUCAGGAAAAUGUGUUUGAAGAGGAAAUAAUGAAUAAAGAUUAUUAAAUGCA